CAUUUUAUUAUUUGUUAGCUCGCUACAGCAAGACAUUUAUGUUGGUUCUAAAAUACAGCGUUCAAAGCUGGUUUUGGUUUCUUCUUAAAGCGAGUCCAACACGACGCGAGGAACUGACGCUAAUGAAUAACGUUCUCAUACUUAGCUUUCUGUUCUCUAGCUCCUAGCAUAUUGACAGAUAAUAACAUUUAACCGUUAGCCAGUUUGUUAACGUCUGUUUGGGACUGAGGUUCUCAAGCGACACUGCUAGCCCACUUGGAGCUUGCUUCUCACCGAGAAGUAAAGUAAAGGACCUUGUAGUUGAGCAGCGCUCCCUAUCCAACGCAUCUUUUCACCAGGAGACUCCAAUGAAGCCUUCUCAGGUCCCUAACUGGCUUUCUAAUCCACCACCGAGGAGAAUGUUGCCAAUUCAGACACCUGAGCUGUCCUACAGGGACAGAAUAGGUCCACACUGGCAAAAUCCUCAUCCCCCAGGACUAAUCCAUUCAUCAGGAUUUAAUUCACUUAAUAUUGGUUCCCCUGUGAAUGGACCUCAUUUUAUGCCGAAGGAAAGGCUGGGUCCCCCAAAACACUUUGCUCAACCUCCAGGGCUUAUUCCAAACAACCCAGCUACCAUUGGGAUGUCAUCAAAUGCCCCUCAGCCAAUACCAGGAGACCAUCAGCCAGGAUCUUUUGAGACAUUUUUGCUUCCAGAGGUUAUCAACCAGUCACCAUCUUCCCACAUAGGCCGAGAUCAAGUGACUGACUUCAAGGCUUCUUCAUCCAGCUCAGAAAGUAAAGCUGUAACAACACAAAGACAAGAAUCAGAUAAGGCUCAGUCCAGUGAUGUGGGAUAUUCUAUACCUACGGUCCAGCUGCACAGACCAUUUGUGAGUGUUACAACCCCAUCAUUCAACUACAGAGCACCCUAUGAAGUUCACCCACAGUCCCCUUCACACUCAAAAGGCUGGUAUUCUAAUAUCAGUCAUUGGCCCUUGCAGGGCUACCAUCUCCAUCCAAAACCCCACUCAUCCGACAGUAGUCGUUUACCCAUCAUGCAUAUCUCUGUAGCCUCUUCCCAGGAGCAAACACUUUCAAGUGAAAAGUUAAUUUCAGCAGUGGACUUGAACUACUCAUCAAACAAGAGGUGCAGCGAGUAUGAAUAUUGUUCAGAGAAUGCCAAGAAACCAUGUCCUCAAGGGGCAAACUCAAACAAAACGGAGACAACAAAACCCACCGUUCCCACUGCACUUGCACCUCAGGCAUCAGUGACGCAUUCUUCAGUGUCAGAAAACCAACACAAGACCACAGAUGUCCAUCUACAUGCAGAACAGGCAUGUGGACAGUCAGCAUGCUCAGAGCUGUCAUCUACUGUCGGACCUUCUCAGUCAUGCUGUAAGUCAUCAUCGCAUAAAGAAUGUACAGAGAAAACAACAUCAACAGGUGCAAAGGAAUCAUUUAUAAAUUCUUCUCAGAGUCAUAUACCACAGUUAAAGGAAAUGAGAUCACAUUUAAAGCCAAAUGAAGGAAGUGUGAAAAAGACAAGUGAGGAAAAAAAUAAAAGGGAUAAAUCAAGCACUUUGUUAAACUCUGAUGUUCCUCAGAAGGACUCUACUAGCUCUUCACCUGCUGAGUUAGGCAGUCACCACUCUGGUUUUUCUUCCAGUAGUAGCUCUGUCAAGACCCCGAAAAGAAGUAAUCCCGGGGGGGAAAACAGAAAACUCAGCAGUAGCACUCACAAAUCAACCUCAAAACCAAAUUCAAGUUCUCUGAGUGGUCGGACAGGAGAGCGGAAUAAAGCUUCUCGUUCACGAAGACCUGUAGCUUCUUAUGACGCCAAUGAUCUUUUCACUCCUGAUCCUGUGACGUACAUUGUUAGCUCCUCAAAUAAGACUGUAAAACCCAGGAUAGAUGGGGAAACAAGCAAAACAACAGAGAAACGUUCAUUCAGCACUGCGACAAGCUCCAGCAACUCAAUUACUGAGUCCUCUUGUGAGAAACCUCAAAACUGCAAAGUAACCGGUCCUCUUCUUGAAGCAUCGUCCACUUUACCUAACCCACUAGGCAGUUUUCCAACUGUAACGUUAACACGGGUAAAACUGGAAAACUUAAUAACACCUUCUCCUCGAGAUAAGGACACCAAAAACAGCCCCAUCCCUUCUUCACACAGGCAGCUUAAGGGUGACCAAAAUCCAUCUCUUCUCUGCAAAAAAGUGAGUACAGGUGCUGUAGAGACUGACAGUGCUGCUGCUGAACAGACUUCUAGUUAUUGUCAGUCUCUAUCACUGGAGGGGCAGGAAAGUAAAGGUGAUAACAAGCAGAUAAAUGAAGAGGAUCCCAUAGAUGUGGAGCUGGACCUCGGGCUGAGUUUUGCAGUAGAUGUGGAUCUAACCCAAAGCUCCCAUAGCAGUGAGGAUGAGCAGCUACUUUCCUUGGAGGAGAUGAUGGAGCGUGCUACUAAACCUUCAGAUACACCUGAGAAGGGAACAUUCUCAGAUCCUAGUCCACCUAGACGUCUGAGCUCUCAGUCAAAAAAUCAACCAUUUCCAUCCACAACAAAGUCAGGCAAUUACAAGAACAAUCUUGACCAAAUACUGAAGGAAAUAAAUAGCAAUAAGAAAUCAAAAGAGAUUGAGAGACAACUCCUAACUGCAUGUGAAGAAGACCUGUUGAAGAUAGCUGAAUAUGAAGAAGCAGAGGAGAACCGAGAGGAGGGCAUUUCUUCUGAACAACAGGAAUUCUUGCAGCGGUACUCAUUGAUGUCUGCUGCAAUCAAAGAAGUCCCUCCAGGAGAAGAAGUGUUCAACCUGGAGAAGUUUGGUCAGAUCUUUGACCAGGAUACGUUACAGCUCAGGCAGUGCCUGGUCAAUCCACAGGGAACAGCACAAAAAACGCUUCUGUGGUCCAGCCCAGCUCAGCUGCGAUUGCAUGUGAAUAUCGGAUUGUUUCAGGAAGCUUAUGACUCUAGCUCACCCUGUCCAGCUCAGGUUACCCGUUUCCUUUUCAAGAUGAUGUCAGUCCAUAGUGAGAGGAUGAUAUCUGAGAAGCUGCUACAGGCCCUCUGUGAUAUUGCCUUGACUGCUGCUUAUCAAAUAGUGAAAUAUGGAAACCAGCAGUUUAAAGUGUGGGUUCCCAGUUUAACCGACGUGACGCUGGUCCUGAUGAAUAUGGGAGUGCCAUUUGUUAAACUCUUCCCUUUUGAGAAUCUACAACCUCCAUUCACAGAAGGAGAUCUGCUGGAGGACGUCUGCAUCAAAAGUGAUAGUCCCACCCACAACAAGGAAGAGACCACGUUCCCUGAACACAACUGCAGUAAUGUUUUAAAGUACCUGUCUUACUGUAUGGGUCUGUGCCCACGUGCAUACAGCGACAAUGAGCUGCUGUUGCUUCUUACUGUAAUGAGUCACAUCGGCCUGGAAACGCGGCUCAUCCUCGAGUCGAGUGUGGCACUGGAGCCUCUGCUGUGUAAAAUUGUCAACAACAUCAGAGAUUGGGACGCUCUGCUUCCAAAAAUCUGCCUGGCUCUCACUGAUUUGACAGAUGAUCACCACAACAUGUGCCUAUUAGUUCAUCUCCUGCCUGACAACAUUCGUGGAAAAGAGUUGCGCCGACAUCUAAGCCUGUGCAUGAUUUCUAAGUUGUUGGAUGGAAAUUGCAAAUACAAACCUGUGGAAAGAGAAUUUCAGCUCUCUGAACUGAGGCCAUACCUUCCCCGGAUGCAACCUUCCUCCCUUUUCCGACACAUGACGAGCACCUCUGGCAUGAACCAGAAAGAUAAAGAAGAAGACCUGGGCACACUAGACCAGCAGUCCUACUACCUGUGCUAUAGCCUUCUGACAUUAGCAAAUGAAGCAUCCAACUUUCAGUUUUUUCCCGCUCACCAAAAGAAGCAGCUGCUGUUUUUGUCAACUGAGCUGGAAACGCAUGUUAAAUGUGACAUCAGGGAGAGUGAAAAAUGUCUUUACCGCAGCAAGGUGAAGGAUCUGGUGGCGAGGAUCUACACCAAGUGGCAGAUGCUCCUUCAGAGGACAAGGCCUCUCGAUGAUAAACUGUAUGAUUAUUGGCAGCCUGGGGAUACUUUGGGGUACAGCCAGGAGGAGCAGGAGGAUGAAGAUGACACUGCAGAAGAGGAGACUGUGGUGGAAGAGGAAGUAGAGGGGGGUGAAGAGGAAGAUGGAGAAACAACUAUAACUGAACAGAAUGAAGCUGUCAUGGUUGCUGAGGAAAAAAAAGAUGCCAGGGUGGAGCCAGAAGAAGACACAAAACUUGGUGAGGCAGAAAAAGACACAAAUGUUAUUGCAGCAGAAGAAGGCACGAAAUUUGGUGAACAAGAAGACAUGAACACUGCAGAGACAGAGGAAGACAUGAAUAUUGAUGAGGUGCUAAUGGAGGAAGGUGGUGUCCCAAAUGACAUGAGCAAAACAGAAGAGGAAAAAGAAACGGUACCUGUCAAUUUAAACCAAGUAGUGCCUGAGACGGAUCCUCAAGCACUCGUGGAGUCUGAGGGAGUGGAUGAGCAAGUGGCUGCUCCUAACAUAGAGCGUGUUGAUGAGGACGCUGAGACUGAAGCAAGAGAAGGAUCUCACCCGGCACCAACACCUGGUUUAUUCUGAUAGAGAUGAUCAGUUUUCAGGGCUUUAACAGCCAUUGCCUUAAUGUUAUGCUGAAUUUGCACUAUUUACAAGACCUCUUUUCCUAAUGCCAAAAGGUUUGAGACUUUCACAGUGACUUUAAGGCAAACUGUGUAUUUACCUCAGCCAGUGAGGUUAUGUUUUUGACGCUUUGUUUGUCUGUUGGCACAUUUAGGCACAAGCUUCACGGCUGAUAUAUUUUUAUGAAAGUUUGUGGAAAGCUGGAGCAUUGGCAUAUUAAAAAAUUCAUCGUUUUGUUGUUUUUUGACUGCUGCAUGUUUGCAUAUUGUUGUUUUAUUGUUAAGUAGCCAAAUAUGGAAAAUAAACUUUAAGUUAAAUUUAUUUCUUGUCUCCAUAAGCAGCACCAGACAAAACGUCCACCCAUCAGUGUUUACAGUAUUAUUAUGUUAGUAAUAAUCUUUACUAAAGUAAUAUUUUAAUAUUUUAUUUUUUGGUCUAAAGUAAUGUUUAUUGUAAUAAGUGUCACCCAUGUGUGCAGUACUGUUCAAAAGUCUUGAGCUACGUCUCAUUUUUGUUUUGCUUCCAAGGAACCACUUUCUUGGAAUUUUUUCAUAGCGGUCUUAAGCAAUAGUUCUCCAGGUUUUCUGAAGGUGUUUCAGGGUUUUUGUUUCAACAUUGGCUGCUUUUGCACCCAUCUUCAGUCCAGUCCUUGUACCUGAGUAUUUUUAGAGGUAUGAUUUUUCUUAAGCUGCUUAACACUGACUUACAAUAUUUGUGCCAAAUAUAAAUAGAAACUUAACUGGAUGAACCAUUGAUGUGUGUAAUCAUAAUAGACUUGUAUAAGAACCAGCAGCAUAUUGCAAAAACACAUGCUUUGUUCACAUUUCUUUAGUUGGAACCAUGAAAAAUGCCAACGCCAACACAUUUCCACAGGCAUAAAAGAGUGCUAGUUGGCACCAUCAAAGUGAUGCCAAAUGCUAUGCACUGUGUCCUUUGAAAAUUUGGGCAAAUGUUGACAAAAAAAAGUGUUAGGCAGAAACUGUAUGCCAGGUAAACAAAAUCUGAAAGUCGUGUUCUUAAGAAAUAGGAAAAAAUUCAACAAGAGAUGCAUCUGGCCCCUCAGUUGAUCCAUUUACUCAUCAGAGAUGGUCUUGUCAAAAUUGGUCUAAUUAAUAACACAGAAAGGUACAGUCAGAAACUCCAUACAAUACCAUCUACAAAGCAUCAGAUUGGUAGUUGCAUCAUUUUUCAGCAUGACAAUAAUCCCAAACAGUGCAGUAAAAGCACACCUGGAUGGAAAAACCCACAAAAGAACGGUCAUAGAUUGGUCUCCCCAGAGCCCGGACCUUAACACUGAAGCAGUGUUGGAUCAUUCUGACAGACAAUGGAACAAAAGCCAGUCAACAUCCAAAGAAGAGCUUUGAAUGUCCUUCAAGAAGCCUGGAUAGUUAUUCCUGAAGACUACUCAAAGAAAUUACUGCAAAGCUUGCCUAAGAGAGUUCAGGCUGUGCUGAAGUAUAAACGUGGUUGUACUAAAUAUUGACUUUCAUCUUUGGCUUUUGUAUAAACUGUUUUUACUUUAUGUAACGCAGUUCCAUAUGUGUUUGCCUAUGUUUAAAUAAAUUACAUGUAUAUUCCAUUUUCACAGUGAAAUAAAAUUAAAAGACUUGUACAGCA